AUGCUUAGUGUGCAAACUACUUCGUUGGAUCCAGAAACAAGCACAAGUCAAUAUUUGAAGAACCAGGUCAAGGCUGGUUCUAGUGAUAUGGAAAAAUCUAUUUCAUACUUAGCUCAAGGGGUGGAAUCUCAAGUAGAUGCUUUGUGUGUAAACGGUCCUAUUGAAUGUCCCUUGUAUGGUCCUUUAUUAUUGAACUCUCCUCUUUUCAAUAAAGGUACUGCUUUUACUGAGCAAGAGAGAGCCGACUUUAAUUUAAAUGGCUUACUGCCACCACAAGUAGAAACUCUGGAUGAACAAUUGGAAAGAGCUUAUUUGCAAUUGAGUAAAUUAAAGACUGCUAUUAGCAAAAAUGACUAUAUGACCAAUUUAAGAGUUACUAACAAGACUCUUUAUUUUGCUCUAAUUAAAAAACAUAUUUUAGAAUUAGUCCCAAUUAUAUACACCCCAACAGAAGGUGAUGCUAUUGCUUCAUAUUCUGAAAGAUUUAAUAAACCCGAAGGUGUUUUUUUGGAUAUUAAUGACCCUGCUUCCAUUGAAGAAAGACUGCAAAGUUAUGGUGGUAAAGCUAAAGACAUUGAUUAUAUUGUUGUGUCAGAUUCUGAAGGUAUUUUGGGAAUUGGUGAUCAAGGUGUCGGUGGCGUUCGUAUCUCCGUCUCUAAAAUAGCUUUGAUGACUGUAUGUGGUGGGAUUCAUCCAGGUCGUGUCUUACCCGUUUGCUUAGAUGUAGGUACAAAUAAUAAGAAAUUGUCUAAUGAUGAGUUAUAUCUAGGUAACAAGUUUUCGAGGGUACGUGGUGAACAAUAUGAUUGUUUUAUUGACAAAUUCAUAACCGCAGUAAAGAAGUUGUAUCCAGGUGCUAUAUUGCAUUUUGAAGAUUUUGGUGUUAAAAAUGCAAGAAGAAUUUUAGACAAAUACCGUUAUGAGGUCCCAUGUUUUAAUGAUGAUAUACAAGGUACAGGUGCUGUUGUUGUAGCCUCGUUACUUGCUGCCCUAAAACAUACACAUAGAAAAUUAAAAGACAUCACAGUACUAGUUUAUGGUGCAGGUUCUGCAGGCCUUGGUAUUUCUGACCAAAUUGUGUCUCAUAUGGUUACACAUGGUCUUCCAAUUGAAGAAGCCCGUUCUAGGAUCUAUUUGAUGGACAAGGAAGGAUUGAUAUUGGAAUCACAUAAAGCUAUAGCUACUGAACAACAAUAUGUGUAUGCCAAGCCAGAUAAAGACUGGAAAGAUAUCAAUACAAAGUCUCUAGUGGACGUUGUUGCCAAUACAAAACCCAUAUGCUUGAUCGGUUGUUCGACACAAGCUGGUGCAUUUACUAAAGAAGUAAUUCAAGAAAUGCAUAAGCACAAUUCAAGACCAAUUGUGUUCCCAUUGUCCAACCCAACCAGAUUACAUGAAGCUUUCCCUGACGAUUUAAUGAAAUGGACCAAUAAUAAUGCCUUAGUAGCUACUGGUUCUCCAUUUGAACCUGUGGAUGGAUAUCGUAUUUCCCAAAACAAUAAUUGUUACUCUUUUCCAGGCAUUGGGUUGGGUGCCGUCUUAUCUCGUGCAUCUUGUAUCAGUGAUAGAAUGAUUUCGGCAGCUGUGGAUCAACUGGCUGCCACAUCAAUGUUGACAGAAGGUGAUUCUACUCCAGGGCUGUUACCAGGCCUUGAAUCUAUUGAUGAUACAUCAGCAAGAAUUGCUGCUGCUGUAAUAUUAGCGGCCCUUGAUGAAGGUAUUGCUACUGUUGAAGAAACAUUAUGUACUGACAACACAGAUAAAAAUAUCAAGGUUCCUCGUGACUUUGAAAAAUGUGUCAAAUGGGUUAAGGAACAAAUGUGGACACCAGUUUACAGACCACUGAUUAAAGUCAAAUAUAACUCUGAACUUCAUACUAACCAAAUUUAA